AUGCCAGCAGUGGAGGGGCAGAGAGAGAAAGAGAGAGAGAGAGAGAGAGAGAAAAUCCCAAGCAGGCUCUGCACUGUCAGCACAGAGUCCGAUGUAGGACUUGAAUUCCCAACUGUGAGAUCAGGACAUGAGCCAAGAGUCAGAUGCUUAACCGACUGAGCCACCCAGGCUCCCCUAUAUUAUAUUUUUUAUUGCUACUGUGAAAAAUGUCUUUUUCCCCUGGCUGAUUAUAGAGCUUGUAUUUAGAAAAUUUGUUCUUUUGAAUAUCUUAUCUGGCCAUCUUACUGAACUCUGUUUUUUAAAUAGCUUUUUAGUUGAUUCUCUUGGAUUUUCAAAGCAGAAAAUCCUGUCUGGAAAUAAUGGUGAUUUGGGGGACGCCUGGGUGACUCAGUAGGUUAAGUGUCCAACUUUGGCUCCGGUCAUGAUCUCACAGUUUACGAGUUUGAGCCCCACAUCAGGCUCCGUGCUGACAUCUCGGAGCCUAGAGCCUGCUUCAGAUACUCUGUCCCCCUCUCUCUGUGCCCCUCCUCCACUCAUGCGUGUGUGCUCUCUCUCUCUCUCUCUCUCUCUCUCAAAAAUAAAUAAAUGUUAAAAAGAAGAAAUAAUGGUGAUGUGGAGUCUUUCUUGUAUUUGUACUCUUUUUCACCCUUAUUUCUUUGACUAGAACUUGUAGAGCUCUGGGAAGUUAACUUUGCCUGAUGUUAAGGGGAUUGCUGUGUGUACCCUCCACUGUCUGCCUCACAGCCUGCCCAUGGUCUCACUCCCUGCCACUCUGCCUUUGGCAAUUUCUGGGGCUUGAUUGGAGAACCCAUCCACUUCUCAUGGAGCCUCUUAUGUUACCUGUGUUAAAUCACUGGCUCUUUAGCGUGAUCAGCUUUUCUGCUGAUCUGAUUCCAUCUGCAUCACUUCUUCCAAGAAUUCCUUCAUAUUUUUGGUUCCUUUAUUGUAUCAUUCUCAAUUUCCAGUGCUACCGUGGACUUCUUCCCUCUUUACACUUCUUGAGUUACUUCAGAGGAUUUGUCUUUGAAGGCAAAGAAAGAGCGCCGGAUUUCCGAUUUCCUGCGCCGCACGUGCGGUCCUGCGCCUCAAGAGUGCCCUCGCCGGCCGGUGGCCCGGCAGAUGGUCGGGGUGUCGCCAUCAGCAGAGGAGGAAGAGGGCGAGGUGGCAGCAAGGUCGCGGCCCGGCGCCGCCCCCGUCCCCAUUCCCACCCCCACCCCACCCCCCACCCCCCGGGCCCCGGCCGCGGCUUCCGCAGCCUCGCCCGCAGCGGCCGGUGCCCCCGCGCGCUCUUCGCCCUGCACGCCCGGCCGGCGACCCCGCUGCUUGGAGUCGCGCCCUCGGGAGCCGCAGUGCCGAGCCUCCUAGGACUCGCGGGGAGCAGCGGCGAGAGGCGACUCCCAUGCGGCACCCGAGCGGAGGCCCGGGCCGCAGGCGCAGGUGAGGCAGCGCCAUGGGGCAGGCGGGCUGCAAGGGGCUCUCCCAGUCGCUGUUGGACUACAAGACCGAGAAAUAUGUCAUCGCCAAGAACAAGAAUGUGGGUGUUCCUGGUGAAGAAGGGUUACCAAGACACCGACACCUCCCUGCAGAGCAGUAUCAUAACGAAAGUCAAGGGCGUGACCUUCACCAACACCUCUGAGCUCGGAGAGCGACUUUGGGAUGUUGUGGACUACGUCAUCCCACCCCAGGGAGAGAACGUCUUCUUUGUCAUCACCAACUUGAUCGUGACCCCCAACCAGCAGCAGAAAACCUGUGCUGAGAGUGAAAGCAUUCCGGAUGCCUUGUGUUACAGAGACAGUGACUGCCCUCCUGGGGAGCCCGUUGUGGCUGGAAAUGGAGUGCGGACUGGCCGCUGCCUUCGGGUGGGGAACAUGCAAAGGGGCACCUGCGAGAUCUUCGCCUGGUGCCCAGUGGAGACAAAGUCCAGGCCAGAGAAGCCACUCCUGGGCAAGGCUGAAGACUUCACCAUUUACAUAAAGAACUUCAUCCGUUUCCCCAAAUUCAACUUCUCCAAGACCAAUGUGCUGGACACCAAAGACAAGGCUUUCCUGAAGUCCUGUCACUUUGGCCCCGAGAACCCCUACUGCCCCAUCUUCCGACUGGGGUCUGUGGUCAGCUGGACAGGGAGCAACUUCCAGGAGAUAGCCCUGCAGGGUGGUGUGAUAGGAAUUCAGAUUGAAUGGGAUUGUGAUCUUGAUAAAGCUUCUUCUGAAUGCAACCCUCGCUAUUCUUUUAGCCGUCUGGACAACAAAUUUUCAGAAAACUCAAUCUCCUCUGGGUACAACUUCAGGUUUGCCAAAUAUUACCGAGAUGGAGCUGGAGUGGAGUUCCGCACCCUCAUGAAGGCCUAUGGGAUCCGCUUUGAUGUGAUGGUGAAUGGCAAGGCAGGGAAGUUCAACAUCAUCCCCACAAUCAUCAACAUUGGCUCUGGGGUGGCGCUCAUGGGUGCUGAAACACCCCCACCCCUCCGUGCUGCGGCUGGAGUGGCCCUCUGGUGGAGGAGAUGGGCGUGUGCACCAUGCACUCUGGUCCGAAGCCCCUGUGAACAGGGGGCUUUCUUCUGUGACUUGGUACUUAUCUACUUAAUCAAGAAGAGCCACUUUUACCGAGACAAGAAGUACGAGGAAGUGAGUGUCUGCAGAGCCUCACUACUCACUCAGAGGUGUGGCCUGUGGACCAGCAGCAUCAGCAUCACCUGGGAGCUUGUUGGAACGGCAGUCUCUGCCCCCUCCGUCGUCCUCCGAAAUCAGAACCUGUGUUUCAACAAGACUUCGGGUGAUUUGUACGAACGUUCACGUGUGAGAGCACUGGUUAAGGAGAUACGCAGCGCCUGGUUCUGAGGGAGGAGAAGGCCAGCUUUGGCAGCCGCUGUGGAUUUCAGGUCAGACUUACACACAUUCUACUUUGAGAGCAAGAGGAUUCCACCCCACCCCCACCCCCGGGAAGGUGACAUUAUGCUCAAUGCAUUUAAAGUAAAAUAUUUUGACUAGAUAACACUUAUAUGAUUCAAAAACCAAACAAAAGGUACAAAAGAAUAGACAGUGAAAAGCCUGCCUCCCACCCCUGUUCCCCAAGGCGACGUUACUGAUGCCAAGAGGCUCUACUGUUUUGCUGAGAAUCUGCUUGGUUGCUUGUGCCCUCGCUCAGCAAAUGAACUUUUCCUGAUGGCUGCAACGUCCCAUCAAGUCUCCUCUGUCAGGAAGGGACACGAUGGAAUACAGUGAAGUACCGGGCUAGCUCCCUUCUCCCUCUCCCACCGUCUGAGGAGUCCUCAUGUAAACCCAAGGAGAGAGAUCUAUAGCUCAUCACUAACUGUUGUCUGGUCUGCUCGGUAGCAAAGGCCUGUGGGGCUGCCUGUGGCUCAGCAAGCUCCAUGGUUGGUUUGCACAGCUCCCCGGAUGCUAAGGAGUGUCCUCUUUGGAAGUGCUCUUUCUGGGCCUCCCUCAGGCCACAAGGGUUUGGUUCUCCUCUGCACACAGAGGAGGCGGGAAGCAUCCUUCCACUGACCGGGGCCUUUGGAGAGGGACAGAGGGGCUUGCAAAAGGCUUUGCCACUGGAGCAGGGCAUGGUCCCCGAAACGGGAAGCUUGCUCCUUCUGGAGCAAGUGGCUCCUUCACUCUGGACUGGUAACCUGUCAACAACCCACCUGCUCUCUGAAUAGAAAGUGAAAAAUCUGGGUGAUCUACUAUGGUGUUUCACUUCCUCACUAAAGCAAACCCUAGGAUUUGAUAUACUUUUACAUUUGGGAGGAAGCAGAAAGGGCAGGGGUCAUGACUGCUUAGGAGUUGGUCUGGUUUCUUUUAGCCUGUUUUUGGAAUUGCUUUGCGGCAGCCAUAUAACCUGGGGGAAAUUGUACUAUUCGUUUUACACUGGAAUGAAAAUGUCUCCCUACAGUUUUCAUUCAGUUGGUAAAUAUUUAUUGAGUACCUGUUGUCAGGUGAUGGACUAAAUCUGGUAACAGUUGUGAGAAACACAGAAACUGUCCCUGCCCUAGUGCUUACAGUCUAGGAGGUGAGCCUUAAUCAGUGGUCACACAUAGAAUCACAGACUGAAUUUUCAGUGGAGUAGCCAGAGGUUUCCCCCAGGACGUGACAUAUAAGCCGAAAUCUGAAAGCAGUCUAGUUGAUGGGGGAAGCAUUCCAGGUAAGGGAACCACAUGUGUAAAAUAAAUGCUUUGACAUGAGGAGUAAUUGAGGAGCUGGAUGGAGAUAGUGUGACUGAAGCCGGUUUUAUGAGGCUUUCUUUCCAUCAACUCUCUUUAAUCUUAAGGGCUGCCCCAUUAAACUUCACUGCCACAGAGGACCUAACCUAAUGGUUUCAAGUCCAGCCAAGCUUUCCAGGUGGCCUCCCCUACAUGUCAUGGGUCUGUGCUCAGAAAAGCCAGUGACCCCAUUACAGCUUCUGGAUAGUGUUGCACACUGCCAGUUUCCUUGCUUUUGCACAGCUCCCCACUACCCCCUCUUUCUUUGCAUAAUCUUGGUGCAUGAAUGGGAGGUUCAUAAAUCUUACAGAAACUGGCUUUGAAAUGGCAAGUGAAGUGGGAACUCGAGCUCUGUUUGGGAGAGUCCCUUUCUCUCAGGACACCAGUUGCCUCACCAGGUAGAUGAGCACGCCAGCCUCUACAGAGCUCCUGUCCGUGCUGACAUUACAGGAUCACCUGAACCGUCGCCUAUGCUCACAUUCAGGCUGUGGCCUAAAGCUAUCUACCUAGUAGUUUCCUAAUGAUUAAUUCCAUGCCUUGGGAGUGCCAUGAUGCUGGCUAACGGGAUUUGAAAACUGGGUGCUACCAACGUGCCAUCAAGAGGACCUGCCAUGAAAGAGCGAAGCGCUCUCUACUCCUGAUGCAGGGGUCACCAGGACUGACCAGUCAUGGCUGCCUUUUUGCCACCAUCCCAUCAGCUCUUUCUCCGUGGCUUGCUGCCCUACUGGGGGACCAGUUGUAAAGGGGGAACAUGACUUCCUCCAGGUGUCUAAGCACCCCAGCUAUGGACGACAGUGCCCUGCAGAGUCCCUAAAUCACCCCACUUGGAAUGGCAUCUUGCAUGUCCGGAAAAGGACUCCACCUGGUUGCUACCCACUCCCCUCCACCCAGAUGACACAACUUUUCUCAGAGCAUACUCUCCAGUGGACCCAAGAGCACCGUCUCCAAAAGGCACACCUUUCUCCCAGCUCUUUGUUUCCCCUCAGGCCAGUGCACAGAAUUAAAGGAGGAAAGAUGGCAGCCAAUAUCUGAGACCUGCCCCAUAAAUGUAUUCUGAUAUUUUUAUUUGGUUAUAAAACAAUAAAAAGUUUUAACUGUAAA